UCUAGAAGGUAGAUAGCUCUAGUAGUUUAAAUAAAAUUAUUAUGAUGUAAAUAAUAGUAUAGUAAAUAACAAUAUGUUUUUCGGUGUAUCGUCACCAAGGUUUAAGAUAGUGAAGUGUAACAGUGAUAAUCGCUAGAACCAUAGAUAAUAAAUAUAAACAUAGAUGACCAUAACUCGCACGGUUAAUAGAAAUAUCCAUUAACCGUACAUAAUUCGUAGGUAUCUUCUGUAAUCAAAUUGUAUCCUAUCAACAGAUAACAAUUAAAAGUUAAUACUUAAUUUUCAUAUUUAUUUUAAUUUAUAUUAUUUAUGUUAACAAUUCACAUCUUACAAUUAAAUUUAAUUAAGUAUCGAAGAUUGGAGAAAAUGGAUAAAAAUGAAGGAGGCAUUAAGUUUAUAAAUUGCAUUGGUUCAGACAUUAAUAUUUGGAAAAAAAGACCACAUGAUGAAGAUUUUGAAUUUGAAACUUGUUUACUGUAUGAUGAACCUGAAUAUCAUUUUGAUGAUCCAAAAGAUAUUAAUACUAGUUGGACAUUUUUUGACCAUAUAACAAAAAGAUAUUUAUUAGGGAAUGGAAAAAAAAUUGUUCAUUACCAAAAAUAUGAAUGUCCACCAAUCAUAGUUAAAAUUAAGACUCCAUUAUAUACUUUGCAAGAACUUUGCACGUAUAUAAUUUCUAGAAGACUUUUAGCUAACAACAUUAGAGAUGUAGCAAUUGAUGAAUUGAAAUUACCCCAACAGUUAAAAGUUGAUAUAAAGAGUUGUGUAAAUGAUUUAAAAAAAAAAUAUGAAGAAGGUGGAGAUGAUUUCUGUUAUCAUGAAGAAUAUGGUUAUUAAAAUCUUUUAAACAGAUUUUAUCCAUAUUUUA